GUUCUCGAUUUUUCCCAUGAGACUUCCCCGAGCUGUGAUUUCAUAAAUGACAAAGGCGACACAUCUUUAACUGAAAUCGAAACGUUAAUUAUGGCGUCGUAGAUACCAACAGAACCUUUCGGCACAUCAAUUUUCUGGUAUCAUCAUUUCUGGUAUCAUCAAUUCAUAGGAUACCUUUGUAAGUAGAUUCAGUGUGUUAGUUGACAUAACAAGUUACUCAAAAGUUUUGAUAGAAACUUUGUGGAUAUUUCUCUAACAAGGAUCUAAACUCUUGUACAUUUCUGACAUGGAUAACGCAACGAAUUCCUGUCUGCUUAGCAGACAAUGCGAUGACCAGGUUGGCUUACAUGCUUACGCAUGCGUUGUCAACAGGAUUUAUGGAUACCUGAUCCUAGUUCUCGGUUGUUUUGGCAUUCCUACUAACAUUGUAAAUAUUGCCAUCCUUACCCACAAAUCAAUGCGCUCACCCGUCAACAACAUCCUGACAGGGAUUGCUAUAAGCGACCUCAUCACCAUGGUAAUCAUUGUUCCUUAUGGAGUCCAUUUUUACAUCACUAACGGCCUUGACAUUACAGAGAAUAAAUACACAUACGAGUGGUCCUUGUUUUUAGAGAUAUACGCCAUGGUUACCAUCACUACACAAACAGUGUCGAUUUGGCUUGGAGUUUGUUUGUCCUUUUUUCGCUAUAUUUACAUUAAAACCAUGGGUUGUGGGCGCUAUAACAUUGAUACAAAGACGUCAUGUAUCCUUGUAAUAUUCAUUUUUUUGAUAAUAAUUGCUGUAUUUACUCCUGUUUACAAUUCUGCUUCAAUCAAAAGUAUGUCGUGUGUAGACGAAGUAAGAAAUACAACGGUUAGCUACUACCGAAUCGCGCCUUUAAUGAGCAGUGAUUUUUUAACGCAUGCUUAUUCCAUGUGGAUAUAUGUCAUUAUAGGAAAAUGGAUUCCUUGUUUUCUUAUAACCUUAUUUGGAGGAUGUCUCCUUCAUUCCCUACAAGAAAACACACGACGGACCAUACAUCUGCACGGUUCUCACGCCACCUCGCGGCUCCAGCAGCACCGCCGGACAACCACCAUGUUGUUGAUUAUCAUUCUAAUGUACAUAGUGGCUUCUCUUCCACAGAGUAUUUUACUCAUCAUAGCUUUCGCCGACAAAACAUUUUUUGAAAAUGAGUAUGCCCUUCUAGGAGAUAGCAUCGACAUUCUUUCCAUGAUUAACAACUCCAUUAACUUUGUCCUGUAUUGUGCAAUGAGCCGACAGUUUAGGGACCUUCUCCGGCAAUGUGUAUGCCAAUACUUCGCCCUGCCCCAACAGGAUGCAAAGAGCUACAACACCGCUAGUCAUCUUUUGUCCCAGAAUAACUUACACAGCAAAGUGUUUGCGAUGAACGAAAUAAAAAAACAGGACAGUCCUCUUCUUGACAGACUCAGUAAACCAGUGGAAAAAGGCUUCUAAUAAAUGUGCCACAUUUUUUUUCAUAUGCAUACACAUUAUAUUUUUAUAUAGUAUUAAUUGAUUGUUGGACUUUUCCCCAAACAUUAGUGUGUGUGUGUGUGGAGGGGGGGGGGUUAUAAUGAUGUAUUAUGUACAUAAAAAGUAUUGCUGUCAGAUGUAUCGAAGACGGUGAAAAUCUAAGUGCGUUAUCAACUUUAGAAGAAAAUAAAGGAACGAUUCUAGAGAAGGUAUCAUAAGAUACAGAUAAGUCGUAAUAUGGAGCCCAACAUACGGAGAAGUGCUGAAUUUUUAGUUUAUCGCCAAUAUCUGUAUAUGUGACAUACUAGUUUUAUCAAGAGGAAUGUAAAACAGCUUAGAAACAAUAAAUAUUGAGUCAAUGGAUCAGUCAUGAUUUGACGUUACCAAAUCAGAUAGACAAAUUUGGAAUAUUUUAAAAUCCUUGUAAACUAGACAAUAAAUUCAGAGUGAAGCAAUACUAUAGCCUUGUCCUUAACAAUACCCGUGUUAUAAGUGAUUUCGGCAAAUCAAGUACUGAGGGAGAGUCGAUUUGAUAAGAACAAUAUUUAUUGUGAACAAAACAUAAAAAAGAGUUCACAGCAGGAACUGCUCAUACUUUAGGAGAACGAGAACAUUUCCCGUGGGAGAAGGCAGAGAGACAAGGAAUUGUGUUUCAGUGUAGUAAGAUAAUCUCCUCAGAACUAAGGUCGUGAAUUUGUUAUGAGACUCGACGGGGCUUUACGUUUUGCGUCGUAUCUUUGUCAAAAGUCUGCAUAAUUUAACUUCCGGGCUAGACUAGUUUGUGUCACUGGUUGGCUACGAUUUUAUUGACUUGCAAACCAUUGACUGUUUAGAGUCGUCGGGCCUUUGUCAUCAUUUGAAAACAAAAACAAAUACAUUUACUUUCAUUUACGAGUUUUGGCAUGGAAACACGAAACCCGCAAUUCAGUUUUAUAACCCCCUGAAAACUGGGUUACAUUCUGCGCAUCCGACCAUCGUCGGAUCCCCGUUUCAGUGAAAUAAAAGCUAUGGCGAUAUUGAAUCGAACAUUGGCAAUAAAGAAGAUUGGUUGUAACGGUGAUACUUAUUUUUUAAAUAUAUAAAUUAUUUGCUGUAUAUUGAUGUAACGCAGGAAUAAGUUUCCAACCCAGGCUCGAAAACUUUAAUAGGAUGUGCGUAAGUUUUGUCAUUACGUGUAAGAAGUAAACUGUUAUUUAGGCUGCGAAUGUUUCCUUGUAGAAAAUUUCAUUGGUAAGCCCGAAUUCCUGAGAAAUGUCCAUUAUUGCUAAAGGAUUUGUAAUCUGACGCUUUUGAAGAAUAUACCCUUUUAAUUUCUUUACUUUGAAUGCAGAUCGGCUUCAUAUUUGAGGCUUGAUAUUUAUACUGUUACAACUAGAAUGUUUAUGCAAAAGAAAUGCUAAUGCUUGAGUUAGGACAUUAAUGAAAUUAGGCUUUACAACAGUGAAAUUUUAACAAAAGCACAUUUCCAAUUGUUUAAGUAUAAUGUAACUACAAACUGAAAUGCUUCUAGACCUCUAGACCAUAAACUUGUACAUUUUCGAUAUAUACACAAUCCAUUAAAAUAGAAGGGGAUUUUGACACACGUAGUUAAACAUUUAAUUGUUGGAGACUAUGUCUCGGUGAUUGCCAGAGCGACUGUGGUAUCCUCCGCUCCCUGGGGAUCUGUCCAGGCUGCUCAUAUCUAGAACUAUGCAACAACGAGACGAUAACGAGACAAAAACGAGACAUUGAACGAGUCUUGGGAAUGGGUACACACUCGGAAAGAAUUGAAUUAAUAUUGAAUGAAAUUUACUAUCGACUGCAGACGCGCCUUAACUUUAGGAUUCAGAUUAUUUUUCAAUUUUUAAGGAUUUAUUUAUAAAUAAAUCACACCCACAAUAAAACAGGUAUGCGUUGUAUGCAGUUCCGUGUGCAUGCACGUAUAGAAAAAGGAUGCCAUGUUUAAAUGACAUUGCGGAAUAUGGGUAAUACAAGUCGUAAUCAAUAAUAUGCAUAGCAUAGGCAGUUUAAGAGCUGACUAUCCCUUGAGUAUUCAAAAGGUUAACACUCAGCUUCUCACCUUAAACAAUUAAAAAAAAAAAGAAUACCGUGUGAGGAGCUUGCACCGUACGGGUACUUAUUUAGUUUUUAACAGCAGAUCAACAUAUUUUACCACAUGGAUCUUUUGAUUUGUCUCUUUUUUUUACGCAAUGCAAUUGCCGUUAUUUAUCAAAUCAUUAUAAAAUAGAUAACAUAACUUUUAUUCCUUACAUGUAAUUUCCGUUCUUUUAGUCAACUUUUUUACUGGUGUUUGGGGCGCACUCAGUACCAUGAAAAGAUGCUAUCACAGUUAGAUUUAUGAAAAAUAGGAGGUCAGAAAGAGGCGAGGUUCCAAUACAAAACCGUUGGUCUUUUUCUCCACACUGAAAUUCAAAAUAGCAUAUUCCUGAAUCCUCUUAUCAAAGUAGUAUUGUCCUUAAUUGCGAAAGGGUGAUGUGCUUGCGAAGAAACUGUUUCGUUACAAUUAAACGAUAGUCGACAUACAUGUAUGAAUGAUGUACAUAUUAUAGGCCGAAAAACUGGUAUACACUGUACCUUUAUCUCAAGUAAUGACAUGUCAGAAAGUUCUAUGUUGCCCCAAUCGGCAAUUAAUCUGUAAUGUACAUUAAAUAUUAACUAACAGAUCUUGUCUGCAAUGUUUUUUUUAGAAAUAUCGCAUAAACCAAUCAGGGAGUUGAUACAGAAAUGAAAUAAAAUAUGAUUAAUUGUAAUACAGGAAACGCAUCAGCAUUAUUAGCAUUCUGUACUCUGACGUACACCUACACGUGCGACUACCAGUAGGCACUAAUGUGAGUACGGCACAAAAUAUUUCCUCCACACGGACCUAGUGGACUUUAUGGAGUUGUAUAAUUGAUGAGGCGCCCCUCCUGAGAGAGGAGAGUCUUUGAUGUAUUUCAGGAGGAUGCAAGGGUUUUCAUCACUGAAGUAUUUGUUGUAAAAUGCUUUAUUCUACUACUGCGUUUUCAUACAGAGAAAUAAUUCCAUAGAACUAACGGUCUUUGUUUGCAAUCGGAGUACUAUUUAUAUUUCAUGCUCAAGAUGGUUAUGAUAGUUUUAAGCGAAUAAUGUUCUAUAGACUUUAUUGGGUUUUCUGUCGGACCGAAAACGCAUUGAUACAGAUAUUAUAAAUCAUAAUUAUGGUUAUCAAAAUGGAUAAUAUACAAAACAUCUUCAAGCGAUGACAGUUUUACAGUUAUCCACAAAUGUAUCAAAUCCCAAAGUGUAAGCAUGUUUUGCGGGAAAAAUACUCUUACCGACCUCCCUUCAGUAACAUGCCCUAUUUAACAAAGCCCGGGCCGGGUCUCUCCUUGAGUCCUACUAACAUGCAGAACUUUGCUCUCUCUUGAGGCAGUCACGGCAUGUAUGCACUGAGCAGUGGGUCCCUGAUGCCUUAAACACCAAGUUGUCGCAAAUAUCAAGAUUGAUGAGCUAUUUUUUAAAAAAAGAAUGGGAAAUUAAGUUUUAAAAAAUAUUACUCAAACUAGAUUUUUAUACUUGCUGCAUCUCGACAUUUUUUAAAUAUCUGAAAUAAACUGAAAUACUAGUAAAUGUUUGUGUUGAUACUUUAUCGCUCCUAAUGUUAUUUGACAUUAAGACUACGAUUAAAUUUUGCUUGAUGCUUGAUCCGAAGACCUAAACUGACAAGUGAUACCGCCUGUGACCUAGAGUAAGUUAAUUAUCGACCAGCUCACUGGUGAUCAGUAUCAUACCGCAUCUAAACAGUAAGAGAGAUAAUCUAGUCAAAGAAUCAGAUAACAUCGGAGAGAAUUUGUCCUGAGAUGACUUCUUUCAAUGCUUUAAACAUUCUUGUGAUUUUGUUUAUGAUUAAAUGCGCAAAAAUCUGUUAAGAAUUUGUUAAGGAAUAUUCUACUCAAUAGGAGGUUUUUUGGUUUUUUUUACAAACAUUUUGUAUAUUCUAAAUAGCGUGAGAGCUCAUCAAGGAAAUGUUCUUUCUAGUCUUACAGAUUUGCACCUUGAUUGGUUUUUUGGCUUUUAUAUAUUAUGAUUCAAAGUCCGUUUCCACUGCAUUCGGUCAUCUUGUGAUAAAAGGUACAUUUGUAUUUAAAAAAAAUAAAAAUAGAUGUCCAUCAAAUUGCAACAACUAUAAAAACUUAAAAUAUGAUGGUAUAUAUAAUACUGAUUUGUGAUUGUUGAUGUUCAUUUUAAUAAAAGAUAGUUUUC